AAGGGCAGAGGGGGAUCACACACCUAGAUGUGACCCUUCUCUGAAGGCAGGAUGGUGCUGGACUCGGGGACCCAGGCCUAUGAGCAGGCACCCCCUUCCCUCUCUGUCAUCCCCCCCACUGUUUCUCGAGUGGGGAAGAUAUCAAAAAAGAAUGGGCCACGACUGUACCCCUCUACCCGGCCACCUAUGUCAGCCCCCAGCUCCCGGAAAUCGUCCCUAGUCAUCCCAGUAAACUCCAGACCCUCUGUGUCCCAACCAUCUGGCCUGGCCUCUUCCCGCCCCAAGGUCCCAAGUUCGAAGUCUGAAAUAAGACGAUUCUCCUCAACCUCACUGAGUCAUGGUCGGAUUCGGCGUAGUGAGAGCACCUGCUCAGUUGGAGGGUACAGCAGCAAGGGAUACCUCCGGGCUGCCACUUCCCUACCCCAUAUUGCUAAAAGCAAGGCAGAGGAAGCUCGAGCAAUUAGCAAGAGCCCCUGCCUGCUGGUGGCCUUAAGACCCAACAACUUGGAGCAAGAGCGAGACCGGUUCUUUCAGUCAAGGUACACCUAUAACCCGCAGUUUGAAUAUGAGGAGCCGAUUCCUGCUGCCGUGUUGGAAAAGUACAAUGAGGCCUCGGACAAGUUCAUCCCCCAGGCGGUGAGGAUCAUUGAAGCGGUCCUGGAGAAGUAUGGCACCUAUGAGCAAUUCGAGGCAAGCACGGGAGGCCAGCUGCUGACCAAGUGCCAGAUCUGGUCCAUUGUCCGAAAAUACAUGCAGAAGGAGGGUUGUUCCGGAGAGGUGGUGGUGCAGCUGAGUGAGGACCUGCUGUCCCAAGCAGUGAUGAUGGUGGAGAACAGCCGCCCUACGCUGGCUAUCAAUCUGACUGGGGCCCGCCAGUAUUGGCUGGAGGGGAUGUUGCGACAUGAGAUAGGCACUCAUUACCUUCGAUUUAUCAAUAACACUCAGCAGCCCUGGAGCACCUCCGAUGGCCGGCGGCAGUAUGGGCUGCGGCCUGCCAACCCCACGGAAGAGGGGCUGGCCAGCCUGCACAGUGUGCUUUUCCGAAAACAGCCCUUCCUGUGGCGGGCAGCCCUGCUGUACUACACUAUCCAGCGUGCGGCUCUGAUGUCCUUUCGCCAACUUUUCCAAGACCUUGCUCAGUAUGUACAGGACACAUCGGUGCGUUGGGAGUACUGCGUGCGGGCCAAACGUGGCCAGACGGACACUUCCAAGCCUGGCUGUUUCAGUAAGGACCAGGUGUACUUGGACGGCAUCCUCCACAUCCUCCGGCACCGACAGUCUAUUGAUUUCCAUAUGCUGACUGCUUUGGGCAAGAUCUCUUAUGAGGACGUGAAUCUGCUUCAGGCCCAUGGAAAGCUGGAAAAGACGCGCAUCCCUCACUUCAUGCAGGACUUGACACGUUACCACCAGCAGCUGGAACACAUCAUCACCACCAACCGCUUGGAUGAUGCCCAGCUGGACAACCUGCUGCCAGAAUGAAGAGCUGAGAGUGGGGGUCAUGGGGUGGUGGGGUGACUGGUCAGCUGGCUGGCCAGGGAUCAGAGGAAAGGAAGAUCUUGGGUCAGCUUGACCAGUAAUGGACAGUAGCAUGGCAAACCCUUCCAUGCCCUAGCUAUUGGACAACCUGGGGUAAUGGCUGCAUAAUAUAUGCUAGAGGCCCCUCUGGUAGGGAGCCGUAGAGUCUGUCUUCCAGCUUAGAACAGGAGGGGAAUUCCUCCUAAAAGAUCAGAAAAUAUAAACUGAGGCUGCCCUA